AAAAACGAAAAGGAAAAAGGGAAAAGGGGGCAAACCACCAGCUUCCCUUGGAAGGCUGAGCACCAGCAGCCUCCUCCCAUGGCGACCAUCACCUGCCACCUCCCCCCUCUCCUCCCUGGCCCAGCCUCCGGGCACCAUCGCCACCUCAAGCCCUCCCCGCCCCCCUUCAAUCGGCACCUCCGCGCCCCGCCUCCGACCCGUCUCCUCCGCGCCGCCCGCCGCCGCCAUCCCGACGCCGUCGUCGUCGUCCCAGACGCGCGCCCCUGGGUCGGCGACCUGUCAGGAGCCGCCUCCUACUGGGACGGGAGGGAGGAAGAUGGGGACGAGGAGGAGGACGCGGACGACGACGACCGCAGCCUGGACCUCCUGGCCCGGUUCCUGCACUCGGUGUUCAGGAAGGCCUCCCGCCGCGCGCGCCGCGCCGCCAGGUCCGUGCUGCCGCCCUCCGUCCCCGCUGAGCUGGUGAAGUUCUCGGUCAAUGGCGUGCUGGUUCUCACCUUCUUGUGGAUCCUCAAGGGGCUUCUUGAGGUGGUCUGCACAUUUGGAAGCAUGGUGUUUAUAAGCAUCCUUCUUGUUCGAGGGAUAUGGUCUGGAGUAACUUACAUCAGAGAAAACCGAUACAGCUAUAUUCAACAGCUCAAGGAUGACGACAACCGGUGGAGCAGAGUACAGCCUGCUGGUUGAUCGUUUGCUUUCCUUGCUGGCAACAUACUCUGAUUCAAAGGGCCCAUGAAUAAUCCAGGGCCACUGUUGAGAUAGCAUGGAUGCUCCCAGCUGUGCACAAAAUGCUGAUGUUUGUUGUUGCUAUAUAAAUUGCUGCUGGAGAAUCGAAGGAACCCCCCUGUAGUCUAUACAAAUAAGUGGUUCUCUUCAACAUGAUGGUGAAAAAUGUUACCGGCGACUGAUUGGGUUUUAUAUCUGGCCUGGCCCCAUACUGGCUGAGCCGAUGUUGAAAGACUCGUAUUUGUUGUAGUAUGAAAAUGGUGCGAAAUACCUAUGGUCAGUACUCAGUACAGUGUAAUUCUGUUUCAUUUUGAUAGAUGGAGUGGUCCUGAAUA